UAUUCCGCCACCAAACAGGAUCUUGAAGAGGUAUAGUAAGUUACAGCAUUCGUUCAUUGCCCAAUGGCUACUGGCAUGGAAGUAACCGGCACAGGCCCAGCUUCCACUAUCCUCGGACAUCAUUGAGUCACGAUAUUACAUUGUUAACACUCUUCUAUCUGCAGACUACACGAUAUAAUCCAGGGUUUCGUCUAUAAUAUAGCGUGCAGAAUGUCGCAACUUGCCAGUCUAGCCACUAAACUAUCGGCCCGGUAUCCAUGGCUUUCGGCACCUUUCAUCGCCAACGCUCCGAUGCGUGUCAUGGCGGGCCCAGCGCUGGCUGUCGCUGUCUCAAGAGCGGGCGGUCUUGGAUUCAUCGGACCGAAUAUCAAAACCGCAGAUACAAUUGCAGAUCUGAAAGAAGCGGCAGGACUGAUCGAGAAAUCCCGUGCUUCGUCCACGUCCAAGCUGUUGUCUUUGCCGUCUGAUUACCCCAAUCUGCCGGUUGGUGCGGGCUUCCUGCUCUGGAAAGAUGAUAUUGAUACCGCCAUGUCUGCGGUCAAAGAGUACAAACCUUGCGCUGUCUGGCUCUAUGCACCACAAAAUGGACAGCAGGAUUUGGAUUUAUGGACGGAAAAAAUACGAGCUGCAUCAUCGCAGACUCAGGUCUGGAUUCAGAUUGGAACCGUCAUUGAGGCGAAGGAGAUUAUUCAAAGCCCGACUCGCCCGGAUGUGGUGGUCGUGCAAGGGUCAGAGGCUGGUGGUCACGGCAGAGCUACGGAUGGCAUGGGACUUAUCUCACUAUUUCCCGAAGUAGCAGAUGUGUUUGGGGGGCAUGACAUUCCUCUAUUCGCCACAGGAGGGAUCGCUGACGCACGCGGCACGGCCGCAGCAUUGUGUCUGGGUGCUUCUGGUGUUGUGAUGGGGACACGGUUCCUGGCUGCUACGGAAGCACGGAUUCGAAAGGGAUAUCAGGAUGAGGUUGUACGUGCCACGGAUGGAGCAAAGUCUACCACGCGGACAUUACUCUACAACCAUCUCCAAGGCACUUAUGGCUGGCCAGAACCAUUUUGCCCGCGUACGAUUCUGAAUCGAACCUGGGACGACCAUCAAGCUGGUGUGUCUUUUGAGGAGCUCCAGAGACGAUUUCAAGAGGAGACAAAGAAGGGAGAUGCUGGAUGGGGGCCUGAGGGGAGAUUGCCUACGUAUGCCGGGUCUGCCGUUGGGUUGAUCGGGGAAGUUCAGGAUGCAGGGGCUAUUCUGGGAAAGAUUCGGCAGGAUACGAUAGCGAGAUUGACGGGAUUCACGUUUGUAAACGAGUGAUUUCUAGACUAUGAUCAGUGUUGGUGAUGGAAUAUUCUCGGAAAUUUACAAGUUGACAUGCAUUUGACGAUUUAUAAUGAGGAUGAUCAAAAUAUAUAAUCCGACAUGAAUGAUUCGUCAAUUGAACAGCCGGACGGCACUAAGUAGAUAGGGAUAUGAACAAGCCUUGACACAAGCAAGUCAAAUAUGAGCCGAGAUCUAAUAUAUCC